GCGUCUUGUUUGUUGUUGCUCUAUCUCUCUCCACGAUUGAUGCCUCUCUCUCUCUCCACCACUCUAACCCUUUGGCACAUGUAGGAUUGGGUCGAUAGAGUUAAACUAAAAGUAAAAGUAAAGUUUGAAGCCAGUCUACCUCCUCAGAAUCAACCAUGGCGCUUCAAGCAAAAGCUCUGGUCACCUCUAAAUGGCUUUCGGAGGCAAUGAAGGCCCGGGGGAAAAUGCGCAUCUUGGACACUUCGUGGUAUUUGCCCAAACUGCGGCUCAACGCCAAGAGCGAGUUCAAGGAGAAGCACAUCAGGGGUGCAGCUUUCUUUGACAUAGAACAAUGUUGUGAUAAAACUUCUCCUCUGGACCACAUGUUGCCGACAGAGAAGGUUUUUGCAGACUAUGUGGGGAAUUUGGGAAUAGAAAGCGACACGCACGUUGUGGUGUACGAUACCAGCGACUAUGGUGCGUUCGCGGCGCCCCGUGUUUGGUGGAUGUUCCGGGUUUUCGGGCACAGUGCGGUCUCUUUGCUCAACGGGGGGCUCAGAAAUUGGGAGCUGGAGGGGCGACCGGUGAGUGAGCAGCACGUCAAACCCAAGCCGACUGAGUUCAAGGCCUCCUUAAACCGCUCCUGGAUCAAGACGUAUGAGGAUAUCCUGAUUAACCUGGACACCAAGAAGUUCCAGGUGGUAGACGCCAGACCAGCAGGCAGGUUCAUAGGAUUGGACCCUGAACCCAGAGACAACACAGAGCCAGGCCACAUCCCCGGCUCCGUCAGCAUGCCCUUCCACUCCUUUCUGUCCAAGUCAGGCCACUUCCUGCCCAAGGAGCAACUCCAGGCUUUGUUCGCCCGGGCUGGCGUGGACCUCAGCCGCCCUAUUUGUGUCUCGUGUGGAUCCGGCGUGACUGCGUGUCACGUAGCACUGGCGGCCCACGAGUGCGGGCACCCGGGGGUGUCUGUGUAUGACGGCGGGUGGUCAGAGUGGUUCACCCGUGCUGUGCCAGAACACGUUAUAUCUGAAGGACGAGGGAAGCAUUUGUGAUUGGCUUAAAAACUACAGGAGGUGUGUUUGAUAACUAACUGGAUCAGACUGGGACUUGAUGACAAGAAAAGAAGAUUUUAUUGCCUGUUUUGGGGGUAAAGUGCGGUUUAAAGGUAUUGUUGUGUGCCUAUCUUAAUACAUAAUUAGUGCAUCCUGAAUUUAAUCAUGACAUGAAGCUUCUUCUUUUACUUGCUUUAUCGUCCAAACCGACAGUAACAUUACAAGUCCACCUUUUACGCCUCCGGGCUGUGGUCAUACAACCCUUCCUGUUUUCCUAAACCCGUGACUCAGUCACAGUACGUAACUCAUUACAUGACAGGUAUAGUGUGG